CAAAAAAACGGUUUGACAGAUUUUUUCAAUCAAUCAAGAAUUUUUUAAUCAAGUUUUUAAAAUGGACCAAACAUCAAUCUAUGAUCAACAUUCCAUUGCUCUUGAUCCUUAUAAUGGAUCUACUUGUGUCGACAUAUCACAAUCGGAAACAUUGCCAUCAAUUUCAUUUGAUGAAAAUUCACAGCAACCGGCCAAAGAAUUUUUUUAAAAGAUUUACAUGAAAAAAUUUCCAAUCUUCGUGAAGAAAAUUUUGAUCUCAAAAUGAAACUUUACCUUCUGGAAAAUAAUGACAAUUUAAUAGGAAAUUCUGAAUUAAAACAAAAAGUGAUCAAAGAAUUCGAUCGAAAAAAUGAAGAAAUUAGAAGUUUGAAACAAACCGUAUUUGACAAAGAUAAGAAAAUUGAACAAUUACGAACUUCAAUAAAAGCAAGUGUUGAUAACAUUUACAAUGAAAAAUUACAAAUUGAAAAUGAUAAAUUGAAAAUGAAAUUAAUGGAAAUGUUCAACGCAUAUUCGGAUUUAUAUAAUCAUGCUAAGAAUCUAAUGGAUGCACCGAAUUCUGAUCCAUCUGAAUUGGUCGACAAACUUGAUGGCAGUUUAAAAACCAUUGAAAAAAUUCGAGAUUUUCUAUGCGAAAAUAAUAUCGAUACCAAAAUGAUCGAAAUGAAUGAAAAAUGUUCAAAGGCUCAACAGACCGAUGAUUUACAAAUAUAUAGUGGAAAAAAUUCACCCGAAUGUAUGGAAAAUCUUCGUUCAUUAAUCAAUGAUUUUCGUAAUAAUAAGCUUAAUUAUAAAACAUUCCUCGAACGAUUAGAUCAAAUAUUUGCACAACGUGAUCAGAUCAAAAAUGAUACAUCUGAUGAUCAACAAUUUAAAAGACAACUCUAUUCAUCAUUAUUGAAUCAAUUGAAUAAUCUAGAUCAAUUGAAUUCGAAAUUAUUAUCAUCGAAACAAAAUUGAUUUGUUCUGUUUUUUUUUCAAAAACUUGUAAUUACUUUGACAUUGUAUUUGAUUAUGUAUUU